AAAGGAAGAGCAGUUGAACGGCAGCGACCCAGAGAGGGGCAACCGGGAGCUGGAUGAACUUGUGUCGACGAACGCGUCCUGACCAGAGGCUGACUGUGGGGAAAAAGCCACUGCGAAGCGAAUGAAGAAACACCUGAUCUUCCACUUCACAUACAGAGGUCUUCUAACGAAAGGAAAAAAGAGUAAAAGAAGAAAAUGGAUUAUAAAUUACGAAAAGCUGAGCCCAAGGACGUGUCAGAUAUAUUACGACUGGUGAAGGAGCUUGCAAAAUACGAAGAGAUGGAGAGCCAGGUCACGCUGACGGAAAAAGAUCUCCUUGAGGAUGGAUUUGGUGAAACCCCGUUUUACCACUGCAUCAUCGCAGAAACUCAAGAGAACAGCAGUGAAGAUCCGAAGGUGGUGGGUUUUGCCAUGUACUACUUUACUUAUGACCCCUGGGUUGGUAAACAGCUCUACCUGGAGGAGUUUUAUGUGAUGGACAAUUGCCGAGGGCUGGGCAUCGGUUCGGGAAUUCUGCGGCACCUCAGUGAUCUGGCGAUGAAGACUCGCUGCACUGGCAUGAUGUUCGUUGUGGCGGAGAACAACAAGCCAUCCGUUCAGUUCUACAAGCGGCGCGGUGCUGAGGACCUCUCCCAGGAGGAGGGAUGGAGGCUCUUCAGGUUCGACAAGGACAGCCUGGUCAAGAUGGCCACUCCAGCUGAGGAAUGACAGGAGGUCCAGCAGAGCUGAAGAGGGAGAGGAGGCAACCCAAAACCAGAAUCGUCUGAAUGUCUCAGCUUUUCUGUUUAAAUGAGAGCUCACCGUUAUAAGUUCAGCUUUUUAAAUAGGGAAAUGUGUCCAAACAAUGUGAUUCUGUGUGCUUUACAUCAUUUAGUUUACAAUUAUGUGAUUCGGACUUAAGUUCAUCCUGAUCUGUUGUUAACCAGCAUUUGUUUUAGUGUAGAUCAAUAAAAUAUGUGGUAAAAAUCAA